AUGGAAAAUCCUCAAGUUCAAAGCCAGCUUCAACAUAAACCUGAAAUCAUUAAUAUCUAGCUUUAACUGUCUUAAAAUCAGAGAUAUGAAGUCAGAUUUAUGAUUAAAUUCUUUUGUGAGUGUUGCCCCAAUCCCGUCGUAGAUACUUGGUAUUCUAAAUCUCAUCUUGCUCAAAACUUUGGAUUCACAGAGUAGGAAUUGAAGAUCAUUGAAGAUAAAGCAAUUAAAGAGUAGAAGGAGAAAGAUACUAAGGACGCAGCGGACGAGUUGCAGCGCUAUCUAGACUUCGCUGACAUAUCAGACUUCAACGACCUACCCUCAGGAGCUUUCGAAGAGAUUAAUUUUCAAUGCUAGUCUCAACUUCAACAAUGUGACUGCGAGGACAGUAUGGAGAGUUAAACUGAAGAUAACGAUGAGAGUUAUUGCCCAGACAGAGAAUCUUUGAGUUUAAAUGAUAGAAUCGAUCAAGCUUUCCAAAACCACUCUGAUCUUCACAAUGAAAACUUAGCAAUUUCACUUCUACCAAUUCUAAGAGGUUGUCAUUCAUCUGCCCACGUAUGCGACAGUAUGAAGAGCCAUGUGCUCGCUAGCAAACAGAAUUAGUUCAGUGCAAUGGUAGAUGCAAGCAUUCAGCACGAGGAAGAGAAGUAACCUCACUUUGACAGAAGAUUUCAAGAUAAGAAGAACUUAGAACAGAUUCAUCUCGCCAUGGUCUCUGUAAAUGACUUAAAUCCUGAGCUAGAUCAUGUCUUGGGAACUUAAGUCAUGAAGGAUCCUGUUAGAAGCUCAAAGCGAGCAGGCAGAAAAGAAGGUGCUAUUUAAUGUACUAAAAAACCCAAAAAGAGAGACAAUAAGCUUCACAGGAAGCAAAAAGAUAUCCCUGAGAAAUCUUCCUAGUAAGAGCAUCAAGAUUCAAGUAACUAGAAGAGAGAAAGUUCAGAGAAAGAUAAGCAAAAAUUGGUUUUUAGGAUAGAAAAGCAGCCAAGAAUGCUUAGUUCUAAAUAUUACUGCAAUUCACUGCACUAAAAUGAACAUGAGAGCACUUGUCCUCAUUCACAUCAGUGUUACCCUCUCAGCAAGCAAGAACUUCUUAAUAAAGGUUAAGCUUCAGCUGCAGACUCUUUCUGUGCAACUCAGUUGUCUACAACAACAAUUUAAAAUUCUAUUUCCACUCAGGCAAUCGCCAAGAGGCUUAGACUUUCAUGA